GUUCUCAUGCUUGAUAUGGCUGCUUGUUUUACAUUAGACCCAAUUGAUGGAUUCAACUCUCCAUCUUCUAUAGAUUGCUGGCUUCAAUUCCUUACUGCCAUGCUUUCACAUCUGCUGCUUGUGCUCUGCAUUGUUGGGUUUAGUCGCAGCAUCAACAGCAGCCCAGGUUUCGGAAAUGGAGGAGGAGACGACAGGAAGGUUUUGAUUGUAGGGGAGGAACUGUGGAAGCAAACUAUUCCUUUGCAACUGGGUUCUCGAGUUUACGAGCUGCAAGGGCUUAAAUCACAUACUUGGUAUGAAGUGAAGAUAUCGUAUCCAGCUUCUAUACCUGCUAGCUUUACUAUACAAUUGAAGAAAGAUGAUUCUGACCCCGGAAUGAACCGGGUUGCAAGAAGAUUGUUAAAUACUGAGAAACUGAUUUUCAAGACUGAUGUUAUUCUUGAUAGCAAUCAGACUAAAUUGUGUGUUUUGGUGAGGGUGGAGCCAGAGGGGGUAGUGGCAAUACCAAAUGUAGAGGAGAGGAAAGACAUCACAUUCAAUAUAGUUUGUGAUGAACUAUUAUUGGGAAUCCCACACAAGGCUUGGUGGGUAGUAGUCUUGGUAGUGCUCUGUUUGGGAGUGGCAUUCAUCACUCCUCAUUUUCUUCCAUCGUGUCUACUGCUGAAGGAUAUAAGGCGAGAAACAUUGAAUCAGAGUGUUUCCAAAGAAUCUUGAUUUCAGAAUCAUUGCCUGUGUUACGUUUUGCAAUAGGUAACGGAUGUCCUCUAGUGGCGUGUUCACUGCUUUUGAUGUAGAAGUGUCAUGUCAUUUGCUUGUUUUUGGUCAAUAGGAAUGGGAGAUUAACUUGUCAUGCAUAACCUUGUUGUGUAGUUUUACUCGGUUGAUGUUUUCAUUAUUCAGCCAGUAAUAGUUUGAGCAGACAAUCUCCCCCCGUAAAUCCUAUUUUUUGUUGGAAGUUUAGCAUGACCGAUGGUUCCUAUUGAAUAUUUCAAUUCGUUUCAUUGGAGUUCUGAUGCAUCUGUGAGGUUCCUUGGGGAAAUUUUGAUUGAAUGUCAUGAACUUUCCACAAUGUGCGUGCCUCCUCUCAACCAUGAAGCAUAUAAUGCUACUCACAAGACGCUCCUCCAGCAAGGUGGUCAGUAAUUUCUCCUGCUUUUGCAAUUGCAAUGGACAGAGCACUUUGUUCUUGUUUCCGUUAGUCUCCUUUUCUUUCAGGAAACAUUAGAGGCCCCCAUUAGAUAACUUUUCUUUUAUGACUUCUCGUGUUUCUGAAACUUGUGAAGCAUUUGAACAUUGCCAUAUUUGGAGAAAAAGUAUCUCUUGCUUUUCA